UUUAAAGCACGUGGUAAUUUGGGUUUUCUUGGUUGUACCUGCUGUACCUGAUUCUUUGUUUGGUGAUUUGUUUGAUUUCGAUUCCAAUGAAGACAUUGACAUUGAUGACUUUUAUCCGUUCAUAGAUGAUGAUUAUUUGCCUAUCAAGAGAUAUGCUACAGGAGUGUGCUAUUUCAGGUUGGAUAAAACCUAUCAUCCCAGAGAAUUUGAGGCAACUAUUCAGUUGGAUUCGAUGACAUUAGAUAUGACGGCAAAAAAUUAUCAAACGUUCAACCAAGAUGGUCUAGGAAUGGAAUAUAAGUUGACAAAUUUGAGAACUCAGUACUCAGGAUUUCGAUGUUUAAGAUUUAAAAUUUCGUAUUUUGGAUGGAGAGUUCCAAAUUAUUGGUGUUUUGUGUCACAUGGACCAACAAAGCUACCAUCAACUACACCAUCGAUAACAUCAACAUCAACAUCGACUAUACCACCUAAAACAUCAACUACAACCCCUACAACAUCGACGUCAACUACACCCCCUAUAACAUUAACAACAACUACACCGCCUAUUACAUCAACAACAACUAUACUACCUACACCAUCGACGUCAACAACAACUCAUACAACAAAAACCGACAAGACAACUACAAAAACUACUCUUGAGCCAACAACAACAACGUCGGCAACAACAACAAUUAAUAAGACUCCAUCAUAUAGUUCACCACCAGUUACAACAGUGGUAACACCUACAACCCCACCGACAACUUUACCCACAACCACAGGUGCACCGAUAAAAACAACUUCUACAAAGCCAACCACCACCCUGUUCAGCACUUCAACAACACAGAAAACAUCACCAACCACGCUUAGGACUUCAACUUCAACAAAGGUUACAUUACCAACCAGAGGACCAACUCCAGAGCCAGCAUAAUGUCAUUGAAAUGUUUUAUUGCAAACGUUUUUUUGUUAUUGCUCAAAGUAUGUUGCAAUUGUUAGCAGGCAAUUGUGCGUCAGUUGAUGUUUCAUACAACUAAGCUUCUAAUUAAAGUGAGAGAAUACAUUAUGAGUUGUCUAAUGUUUAGAAUGGAAAACAGCUGGAAAUGUUUACACGAACUAGCCUUACAGUCGUGCAUGAUAAGGUGAUAUCUCAGCAUAUUCAAAGAAGUGUGUAUGUCUUUUGUUGAACCGUACAUUUUACAAAGACUAUCAGACAGAAAGUUUUCUAGUUUUUUAUUAUAUUUUUAAACAAAUGUUGAUUCAAAUGUGAUCAAAACCAUGUUUCAUAUCUCAUUUGCUGUGAAGUAAAAAAAGGAGAUUAAAUUCGCCUUUUAUAUGCAUUUUUCCUUAUUUAAUUUUAUUUACAUUCCUUAAUGUAUUAUUUUAGUUAGUACGUGCUACUGACUGU